AUGAUUCUACCUCUGAUUCCAAGCUUACGGAACCCCCUCUCGGUGACUAGCCUUUAUAACACGCUAUUAAGGCUUAAUAGUUCUUUCUUUCUUUCUUUCUUUCUUUCUUUCUUUCUUUCUUUCUUUCUUUCUUUCUUAGCAGUAAUAGUAGCACUUCCCACUCUUUCUUUCUUUCUUUCUUUCUUUCUUUCUUUCUUUCUUAGCAGUAAUAGUAGCACUUCCCACUCUUUCUUUCUUUCUUUCUUUCUUUCUUUCUUUCUUUCUUUCUUUCUUAGCAGUAAUAGUAGCACUUCCCAGUCUUUCAUUCUUAAUCGUUUUGACUCUUUCUUUCUUUCUUUCUUUCUUUCUUUCUUUCUUUCUUUCUUUCUUUUUCCCACUUUUUUGUCCUUAAUAUUCUCAACUUUGAAUUUCUUUCUUUCUUUCUUUCUUUCUUUCUUUCUUUCUUUCUUUCUUUCUUUCUUGUAUUUAUUUUUACUCAUUUUGUUCAUUAGACUUAUUUAUAUUUAA